AGACAGUGUCAGUGUGACUGUAAAGGAUAAAAGCCGCGUGAGUCUGAGGUGCUUUCGCACACCUCUGCACUUGAUAUUGUUAACUGCGCGCUCGCCUUCAAACCCAUAAGCAGAGAAAGACUUCCUUGCUCCAUCUCCCGCCACCCCUCGUAAGGCUUCACAGCAGUAUCAGUAUCCUCGGGUCGCGUGCGACCUGGAAGCGCGCGCAAACCGGCUCGUUCCCGCAGCUGCUUCGCUCCGCGCUCUUGUGAAAAGGGCUGAACAGACGGGGGGCUCUCGUGCGUCUACCCCGUCCACCUUUGUGUCUGGGUCUGCGAUCGAGCCGAGUCGUCAUCUCCCUGAGUCCGAGACCAUGGACGUCCUGGGGAAAAGAGAGCGGAGGCGCUGCCAUGUCAAGAGCUUCCUGAAGAGGAAUUGGCUUCUCAUCGCCACUGUCGCCUCGGUCAUUCUGGGCAUCGGGCUGGGGGUGUUGGUUAGGGAGCACACCUCUCUGUCCAACCUCCACAAGCAGUACUUUGGCUUCCCUGGAGAAGUGUUGAUGCGUAUGCUAAAACUGGUCAUCCUACCACUAAUCGUCUCCAGCAUGAUCACAGGUGUGGCGGCGCUAGACUCAGAGGUGUCUGGGAGGAUCGGGCUCCGUGCUGUGUUCUACUACUUCACCACCACCAUCAUUGCUGUGGUCCUGGGCAUCCUGCUGGUGACGACCAUCAAGCCGGGGGUCUCCCAGGACGCCGACCACAUCGACAGGGCAGGAAUUACGCCCAACGUCACCACAGUGGACACCCUGCUUGACCUCGUCAGGAACAUGUUUCCAGAGAAUAUAGUCCAGGCCUGUUUCCAGCAGUACAAGACGCAGCGGAAAGAGCUCACCCCUCCUCAAGCUCCUCCAGCCACCACCACCUUUCCCUCCUUACCCACCAUCAUGGCAACAGUCGCUCAGAACCUGACCCAGAUUGACUAUAAGAUUGAGGGGGGGUACACCAAUGGGAUCAACGUGCUGGGUCUGAUCGUGUUCUGCGUGGUGUUCGGGCUGGUCAUUGGGAAGAUGGGGGAGAGAGGGCGCAUCCUCCUGGAGUUCUUCGAUGCCCUGAAUGAAGCCACCAUGAGACUGGUCCAGAUUAUCAUGUGCUACAUGCCAGUGGGAAUUCUGUUCCUCAUUGCAGCCAAGAUUAUAGAGGUGGAUAACUGGGAGAUCUUCCGGAAGAUGGGCUUGUAUAUGGUCACAGUGCUCAGCGGGCUUGCCAUCCACUCGAUGGUGUUCCUGCCACUCAUCUACUUUGUGUUUGUGAGGAAGAACCCGUACACGUUUGCCCUGGGGAUGGCCCAGGCGCUGGUCACUGCCCUCAUGAUCGCCUCCAGUUCUGCCACUCUGCCCAUCACCUUCCGCUGUGCUGAGGAGAAUAACCGCAUCGACAAGCGCAUCACACGCUUCGUGCUGCCGGUGGGGGCCACCAUCAACAUGGACGGCACAGCACUCUAUGAGGCAGUGGCCGCCAUCUUCAUCGCCCAACUCAACAACAUGCAGCUGGACGUGGGACAGAUUGUCACCAUCAGUAUAACAGCGACAGUGGCCAGCAUCGGAGCUGCAGGUGUCCCUAAUGCUGGUCUUGUUACCAUGGUGAUUGUGCUGACUGCCGUGGGCCUGCCUGCCAGUGAUGUCACUCUCAUCGUUGCUGUUGAUUGGCUGAUAGACCGUUUCCGGACCAUGAUCAACGUGCUGGGAGACGCGUACGGCGCGGGCAUCGUGGAGAAGCUGUCUCGGCGGGAGCUGGAGCGCAUGGACGUGACCUCCGAUGUGGACGUGGCUAACCCCUUCGCCCUGGAGACCACGCUUGACGACGAGGAGUGCGAGAAGAAGUCGUACGUCAACGGCGGCUUCACGGUCGACAAGAGCGACGCCAUCUCCUUCACUGAGACCUCGCAGUUCUAGAGGCCCGCGGCGGGCGGUGC